CAGCAGCAGCAGCAGCAAAGGCUCCACGCAUCUCUGCGUUGAAGCUUAUACGGCACUUGCUGCAGUUGCUGCCGCACACAGCCACAGAUACUCUUUUGCUGCUGCUGUCAGAAGCAAACCGUUUAGUGCAGCAGCUGCAGGUGCCUUCGCAGCUGCAGCAGCAGCUACAGCAGCAGCAAGAGCAGCAAGCCAAGGCGCGAAGCUCUUCAUCUCGCCGUGCAGGUUUGCGGCCCCGUGCAGCAGCAGCAGCUGCAGCAGCUGCAGCAGAGGCAGACACUACAGCAGAGAACGAGCUGCAUGCGUUUGCUGCUGCCCUUGGAGCUUGGAUUAAUGAAAACUGGCACAGGGCCGGCGCGGCGCUGCAGCAGCUGCUGCUGCCACUUGUUGAGGCUCUGGGGCUGCAGCAGCUGCUGCUGCACACGCUGGAGCGCCGAGCAUUCUCUGGGCAGCAGAACGCAAACAAGAAUCAGCAGCAGCAGCAGCAGCAGCAGAAGAUGGUGCAGCCCGCUGCUGCUCCUGCUGCAAUGUCGCGCAUGAAUGCAGCGAGGCAGCAGCUCCUGCUGCUGCUGCGGUGGAGACGGCGCUUGGGGCUACAGCGGGCUGGAGUGCUGUUUGCUGCUGUUGCGUCUGAGCUGCUGCUGCUUCCCGAAAGUGAAAGAGCAGCAGCAGCAGCAGAUCUGCUGCUGGCCUUGAGGCGCCUGCAGCCUGAUGAGCGUGAAGCUGCUGCUGCGGCGGCGCUCGAAGCAGCGGAAGCUUGGCGCAGCAGCGGCAGCAGCAGCAGCUUCUCCGCAAGCGGCAGCAGCAGCAGCAGCAGAAGCAGCAGUUCCAGCAGCAGCACCGAUGAAAAGGCGAAUGUGAGGCCUUCAGCUGUGCUGCUGCAGCGGCUGCUGCAGGACCUCGCUGCUGCUGUCAGACAAGAGCCGCAGCAACAGGGCCAGCAGCAGACGCUCUGGGCUUUGCUGGACCUGAAGACAGCAGCUCGUGCUGCAGCUGCUGCGGGGGACUUGUUGCAGCAGCAGCAGCAGCAGCAGCACAAAGCGGAGCAUGCAGCAGAGCUGCUGCAGCCGGCAGUUUCUCGGAUACUGCACGACAUCAGAGCUGCAGAUAAAUCCCCUGAUGUCUCGGAAUCUGCUGCUGCUGCUGCUGCUGCAGCUGCGAACAACUCCUCACAUUCAGCGCUGACAGCCGCUGCUGCAUGCAAAGCAGAUGCGGCGUCUCCUGCAGCACUGGCUGCUGCUGCUGCAGCGCUGCUGCGUCUCAGACAUUUGCUGCCUCAGCAGGAGGGAGCAACAGCGACAGCUGCAGCACGGCAGCUGCUGCUGCAACUGUGCAGCAGCGCCUCACUAAGGCAGCAGCAAACGCAGCGAAUGGAGCAGCAGCAGGCUGUGGGGCGGGCUAGCUUGACAGCGGCGCUGCUCCGUGCGCUGCUGCAGCUGCUGCAGCGGCAGAGCAGCGCUGCUGCAGCACCAGAGUCCGCGCUUCUGUCUCCCGAAAGCAGUACCAUUUUUUCUGCUGCAGCAAAGCUGCUGCACUCAGUGCGACGCUGUCUCCAUUUGCUGCCUCAGGGCCCUGCUGUGUCUAUAGCGCAGGAAGCAGCUAAUGUGGCUUUGCCAGCAGCUGCUGCAGUGGCUGCAGUGAGGCCUGCUGCAGCUGCUGCUGCAGCAGCAGCUGACGAAGCGCAGGAGACUCUGGCUGCUGCUGCAGCAUUGCUGCAAACUUGCUGCAGCAGAAUGCACCUACCGUCCACUGGAGAAGCAGCUGCUGCUGCUGCUGCGGGACCACUGGGCAAGCUGUCUGCUGCUUUGGAGAGGCUUCGGCCCGUUGCAGCAGCAGCAGCAGCAGCAGAUAUCUCAGCACUGGCCCGCCCCUUGGAAGACAUUGAUGCAGCGCGCAGCUCCUUAGCUGCUGCCACUGAGGCGCUGGCGCGGAGUCCCGCUGGCGCCGAAGCAGCAGCAGCAGCAGCAGCAGCUGCUGCUUCUGCCGCGGUUGCUGUUUCUUGUCCAGAAGAAGCAGACACGCGCGGUGACUUCAUGCCACCCGGUGCUGCUGCUGCUGCUUGUGCUGCUGCUUCUGCUGCUGUUUCUGCGCAAGCGAAAACUCUGUGGACAGCAGCAACGCAUGCGUUGCUGCAGCAGGCAGCUCCAUUGGCAGCAGCAGACUUGCUGCAGUGGUCGGGUGCUGCUGCGUCUGGCAGCAGCACAGGUUUGCUGCAGCAGCGCUUCGAAGUUGCCGGAAGAGCUUCAGCUGCAACAGCUUCAUCUGCAGCAGCAACAGGGAAGCCAGAGGAGACUGCUGCUGCUGCUGCUGCUUGGCUAAGGCUGCAGCGAGCGCUGCGGCUGUGGGAGAGCAAGUCAGCUCCUCGAAUUGCUGCAGCAGCCAGCCUCAUUAGCAGCACUCGCUUUGCUGCCGCUGCUGCAGCAAAAGUGGCAGGCAAGACGGGGACUGAAGCUGCGUCUGCAGAGCCGCCAGCAGCAGCAGCACCAGCAGCAGCAGCAGCAGCAGCAGUAACAGCGAAAGCGACUGGGGGCUUCAGGAAGUCGCUUAGCAAUGAGGUUGUGCUACUGUGGCUAGCUGCGGAGCUCCUAGCAGCAGAAACGGAGCAGCAACAGCAGCAGCAGCAGCAGCAGCAGGGCGUCCAACAACUAGACACUGAGCUAGCUUCCAGUCGCAUGCAGCUGCUGCGGGGCCUUCUAUCGGCGGCGCGUGCUGCAGCACCAAACAAGAGAACAGCAGCUGCUAGUGUCGGGCACCGGCUGUCGCUGCUGCUGCUGCUUCUAACAGCAGCAAAUCGUCUUGGCGCAUUUGACGCACUGCAUUGGCAGUCGCUGCAGCAGCAGCAGCAGCAGCAGCAGCAAUACUCAGCAAUAGAGGAAGAGGCGCGGCUCCAGCGAGAUUUGUUUCAGGUGCUGCUACCUUCUCUAUCUGAGGGCUUUGGCUUGCUGGCAUCUACAGAGCAGCCCAGCGACGCAGCAGCAGCAGCAGCAGCAGCAGCGGCAGCAGCGCAAACCUUGCAUUUGCUGCGGCAGGCCCGCGCUACACACGAGCCGCUGCUGCUGCAGUUAGCAGCAACAAUUGACAGAGCAACAGCAGCAGCAGGUGCAGCAGCACCUACAGCGCUGCAGCCAGAUUCUAGGGCUGCCCUAGAAAGAGCUUUGCUGCUGCUGUCUGAUGCUGCAUGCAACCAGGAGAGGGGUCGGGGCCUCACCGCAGUAGCUGCUGCUGCGCUGCGCCUUGCUGCAGUGCUGCAGCAGCAGCAGCAGCCGCUGCCGCAUAUACUCCGUGUGCUGCGCCUCGCCCUCACGGCAGCUUUUGGCCCAAACUCUCCAGCGCAGGAGCAACAGCUGCAACAGCAGCAGCAGCAAGAGGUGCAGCAGCAGCAGCAAGUUCAGGUUCGAGGGUGGGACUCAGAGGCUGAUGCCGCCUACCGAGAACUGCUGCAGCAGGCAGCUGCAGCAGCAGAGCCCAUGCUGCAGCAGCUGCAUGCAGCAGCAGCACGCGCUGCAGCAGAUGCCCUCGGGACGGAGCUGCGGCGGCUGCAAGGGCGUGGGCUGUCGGUGCUCGGUGUGCUGGACUGCCUUAACAAGCUCCGUUUGGUGCACUGCAGCAGCCCGAGCAUGCCAACGGAGCAGCAGCAGCAGCAGCAGCAGGGCCUGCUGCACCGUGCUGCUGCUGCUGCUGCCGCAUCGUGCUGCAGCAAACUAGCUGCUGCGGGAGACUGGCGUUUGCUGCUGAGCCAAGCGUCUGCUCUCUUGGGAAACGCGAGCCACCAGCUGUCUCCUUUGCACCAAGAGGUUAGCCGCACACUAACGGCCCUAAAGCUUCCCCAUGCAAACGAAGUCUGGACAGCAGAGGGCUUGCUGCUGGAUUUGCUGCUGCAGCGGCAAGUCCAGCAGCAGCAGCAGCAGGGACAAGAGGUGGCGGUAGAAGCAGACGGUCCUGUGCACUUCGUCUGGCGCUGCCCGGCAGCACCUACGCAGCGGGCGAAGCCGCAGCAGCAGCAGCAGCAACAGCAGCAGCAGCAGCAGCAGCAAUAUGGGUUGACAGCCCUAACAGCACUUAAGAGGGAUUUGCUGCUGCACUGCAGCAUUCCGUUCGUUACAGUAGACACCUGGCGCUGGGCAGCGCUGGACGAUGGAAGGGAGAAGCAGCAGUUCGUGCUGCAGCUGCUGCAGCAGCAGCAGCUGCAGCAGCGGCAGCUGCAGCAGCAGCAAGCGCAGGCUACGCAGUCGCUUGAGUAG